AUGACUCCUGACUCGCAUCGUCGUGUCCGUCCGGCCGGUACCGAGAAGCCUGCACCUUUGGACCUCACCCAUCACUACUCUGCCGUCACCAAACGACGAGUUCCCUCUAAAAUCAAGGAGGUGUACAAGUUCUUUGGGAUUCCGAACAUUCUGAACCUCGCAGGAGGUCUUCCUCAUGUUGAUUACUUCCCUUUUGACACCCUCGAGGCCCAGACGGCAAAGCCUGAGAGGUGGACUCCCACGCCUAACUACCCCGGUGAGAAGACCGCGGUAUCUUCAUCGUCAUCGUCACCAACAUCGUCAUCGGGUCCGGCCUCAGCCGCUCACAUCGUCGUCCCCAAGUUCGUCAAAGAGGACGAUCCGCUGAAGAAGGUCGACCUCGACACCGUGCUACAAUACGGCCUUGCGCCCGGCUACCCGCCGUUGCUGUCAUGGGUACGCCAGUUUGUACGCGAGAACCUUGAGCACACGACGCUCUACAAGGGCGGUCCGGGCGUCGUCCUCACCUGCGGCGCUACCGACGGCUUCUCCAAGUGCCUCGACCUGUUUGUAGACCAGUGGACAGAGGGUGUUAAUGCUGUCAACACACGGCCGGGUAUACUUUGCGAGCCGUAUAUCUACAACUCGAUCUUGAGCCAGGCCGAACCCCAUGGCGUCCAGUUUGUGACGGUAAAUACCGAUGUGGCGGGCAUGGUAGCCACGGGGCCUGGUGGACUGGAGGAUAUCCUAGCAAACUGGGAUCCAUCCAAGGGAAAGAGGCCCCAUCUGUUGUACACUGUAACGCUUGGUCAUAAUCCUACGGGCGUCGUUCUUUCGGUCGAGCGCAAGAAGGAACUCUAUGCCAUCUGCAGCAAGUACGACGUGGUCAUCAUCGAGGAUGAGCCCUACUGGUAUCUCCAAUUCCCUUCCGCCAGCAUCGAGGAAGCCAAGUCCCGAGGCCUUCCCAUUCCCCAACAGCGACAGCGGCAGCAGUCUUCCUAUUCGAGCCCCUUUAAAUCCACUUCCUCCUCCUCAGGGUAUGCCUUCCUCGACUCACUCACUCCAUCCUUCAUCGCCCUCGACACCGACGGCCGCGUCGUCCGCCUCGACACCUUCUCCAAAACCGUGGCACCCGGCUGCCGCCUCGGCUGGAUCACCGCACAGCCAGCCCUCAUCGAGCGCUUCGAGCGGAUCAACGAGUCCACCACACAGCAGCCCUCUGGGUUCACCCAGGGCCUCAUCACCGAGCUUGUCCUCGGCCCGCACCAAACCAGCAACUCCAAGGCCACAAUCAAGAACCAGCAGGCUCGAUCCGCCUUCGCCCGCCUUCGAACCACCCGCGACCGCGCCGCCUUUUCCGGCUGGGACACCUCCGGGUGGGUGCGCUGGCUGGAGGGCCUGCGCGGCAACUACGAGCGGCGCAUGGUGCGCAUGUGUCGGGCGCUAGACGCCGGAUCAACACUCAUCACGACCACGACCACGUCCGACGACAACGACGGUGACUCCGAAUGGGACGCCGUCACCGUGACCACCACGCCGCUGUACACCUAUUCCUGGCCGCGCGGCGGCAUGUUCGUCUGGCUGCGCAUGCUGUUCCAUUCGCAUCCGCUCUGGAACCACCCGGCCGUCGACGGCCCGACGCUCGCCCGCGCGCUGCAGGUCUGGCUGACACGCAAGCCGUUCCUGGUGCUGGUGGGGUCGGGUACCAUGUUUUCAGCGACUACCAAGGUGGAGCGUGAGGAAGGGUGGACGUUUUAUCGACUGUGUUUUGCGGCGGAAGCUGAGGACAAUAUUGGGUUGUCGGGAGAACGGUUUGGGGAAGGGGUGAAGGCGUUUUGGGAAGUGAAGGAUGUGGAUGUGAUUAGGAAGUUGUUGAGUGAGGUAGCGCUGGAGGAGGACGAGGAGGGCGUGAGCCAGUUGGCGUCGUAUAUGGGCUGUUGA